UAAUUUUGCGUAAAGAUGAGAAGACAAAAACUCAGGCCUUAUUUAGGGGUAAAAGUGAUGAAACACGUCAAAUAAGUGAGCACUGAUAUUGCUGAGUUGUUGUUGUUCAUCAUGGAGAGUAGAAGUAAUUGGUACGAAAGGUCAAAGCCAUUCAUAGCUGUUACUUUUCUUCAGUUUGGAUUUGCAGGCAUGGAUGUUCUAUCCAAAGCUGCUAUGAACAAAGGGAUGAGCAACUACGUCCUCGUCGUCUAUCGCCACCUCGUCGCCUUCUUCGCCAUAGCUCCUUUUGCUCUUUUCCUUGACAAGAAAGUGAGGCCUAAAAUGACAUUUUCAAUCUUCAUAAAGAUAGUGGCACUCAGCAUCCUAGAGCCAGUUAUUGAUCAGAACUUGUAUUUUUUGGGGAUGAAGUACACAACAGCAACUUUUGCUGCUGCCAUGACCAACAUGCUUCCUGCCAUUACCUUCUUCAUGGCUUGCAUUCUUAGACUAGAGAAGAUUAAAAUAAAAAGUAUUCGUAGCAUAGCAAAGGUGGUUGGAACUCUAGCAACAGUUUCUGGUGCCAUGGUGAUGACACUGUUGAAAGGGCCAAUUAUUGAGCUUUUUGGAAGACAUGGAGACAGUAACCACAAUCUUCAUCACGAUGCUGAUGAAAAUACUCAACAUGCAAUAAAAGGAUUUAUUAUGAUCACAAUAGGCUGUUUUAGUUGGGCCUGUUUCGUGAUCCUCCAAACUAUAACCCUUGAAGCCUACCCUGCUGAGCUCUCUCUUACAGCUUGGAUAUGCAUUUUGGGAGCAGCUGAAGGUGCUGCAGUUGCUAUGAUUAUGGAAAGAGCCAACCCUUCUGUUUGGUAUCUGAAAUGGGAUAUGAAAUUGCUUGCUGUUGUCUACAGUGGCAUAGUGUGUUCAGGACUGGCUUAUUACAUGCAAGGAUUGGUGUUGAAAACAAGAGGCCCAGUCUUUGUAACAGCAUUUAAUCCCCUCUGCAUGGUAAUUGUUGCUAUUAUGGGCUCCCUCAUUCUAGCAGAGAAACUAUUUCUUGGCAGGUUGAUUGGUGCCAUUGUCAUUGUUUUGGGCCUGUACCUUGUAGUGUGGGGUAAAAGCAAAGAUUACAAGCCACCAAGUAAUGAACCUGUAUUGCCAGCUAAACAAGUUACAGAGGAAGCCAACACCAAAAAGGAACAUUGUAAUCACCACCACAUUGCCAUCAGUAAUUUAAGAGCUGGAAUCACAACACUAGAAGAACAAGCAUGAGGAAAGUCUUACCAAUUUUCAUGUAAAAUUGAACAUAUGGGGCAAAAGCAGCUGUGUAUGUUUCUAUUUGUUUGGUAUUUCCAUUGUGAUCUACAGGAGUAGGUCUAACCGUAUCUAAAGUCAGGAAGAUAAUUAACCAUAUUUAACCGCAUCAUUAAGAUCAUGAUAUCAAAAUAUAUUUCUCUUCA